UGCUCUUGACUGCGUUCAGAGGUGAGGCGCCACUGAGCGCUGAUGGCCCGCAUGUCUAAUACUACACAGGUACUGCACUAAUUAUAUAUACAUAUAUAUGAAAGUAAUUAUAAAUGAUAACUGCAACAAGUUAAAGUUACGCGUCGCGUCGUCGAGUUGGUCUAAGAUAGUAACCAUAGCAUUGCUUUCCAGUUUUGGGGAAACGACAAAAAGACACGACUGUAAUUAUAACUUAUAACUUAGCUAUCAUCGAUGGGUAAUCAAAACGAACGUAUGUAUGAAUGAAUGAAUAAAUAAAAGUAAAUAAAUAGACACUGCUUUAUUUUGGUACAAACUAAUUUUUUGGCACAUAAAUGUCCUAUAAUUUACAUUAAAUGCCAUACUUUUUCUUUCAAAUACACAUCGUUUUGAAAAAGAAGGCACACGUGACAGACGGUUUUGCCGUAGAAUGUAGAUUCUAUGUAAAUCGGUACUUUUUAAACUCGGUCGACUUCAUUUGCAUUUGAGGAAUGUAUCAAUUACCACGCGAUAUGAAAUGGACAUUCGUGGGCUGACAAUACUAUCAUCAAAAAUACAUUGAUCGUUGCGGCAGAAUCCAGCUUUUAACCUUCUAUACCGUUUCGUCUUUGUUCCUUUAAUUUGUAAGGGGAAAGUAUCAUUUAGACCCACCAGUUGCGGUGUGCAUUAAUAAUAAGUUAUUUUCUAAGCUUCGGCGCGGGCACGUCUUAAAAACUGUAAUUAAGUCUACGUUACUGUAACAAAAAUGCCAAUUUUAGCGAAAAUAAACACCGUUGCGCUUCAUUAAACUUUAAUGUCGGUCAUUUGGCCGGCAUUAAUCAGCGCCCCAUCAAAUAUUAAUGCUUUAAUGCGUCUUACGUGAAAUAAUCACCACCCACUUUCUUCAAGAAGGAAAUCGAUAACGUGCAAGUGUUUGCUUGUCGUCCAACAUCGCGUCUUAUUUAGAUAGAUUAAUGCAUACAAAAUCAAAUUAAUAAUUAAUACAAAAGUUAAAACGCUGCAAAGGAUGGAGGCAUCUUACCAAAUUAAUUCUGUCGUGACUCACCACGCUUGUAAUAAAUAUUUUAAGCAGACAUUUCAUGUAGAAUUUCAUUCAUAUCAUAUCGUCUGUUUUUGAUGAAUAAUGCAGUUAUCCCGAUAAAAAUGAUUGGUUUAUUCAUAAUUAAUUUCACAAUUAAAUGUUAUAGUUGACAGCUUUAUCAAUAUCGAUCCGUCUCACCAUUAAAUAUCGACAAACCGCUGUAAUUCACGUUAGCGAAAUAUUGAACCGUUAACGAGAGUAAAAAAAAAAAGAAAAAAAGAAGAAGCUUGACCUGGAAAUCAGUGCCUCAUCUUCGCGUGAUCAAGAAAAGAGCCUCUCAGAGACAGAGACCGCGCAGCCAAGUUAAUGAUGUAAUUGAAAUGGACAUUUUUUUGAAAAAUCGUUGGUGUUUUGGUUUAAUAAAUCAUCUCUUUGAGUCGCCCUGCUGAGAAGGGAAUUCCAGCGCGUUUCGUUGAACAGGCUCGUCGUGGUUUCUUUAGCCAAUUGGGUCUCUCACCCCAGAAUUGGAGGCUUAAUUUUACCCAGCCUCUUUGGCAUUUUGAUUGAUGUUCCCGUGGCUCCAUCCGGCAGGCUAUAGCUAUAAGGGAAAAGGGAGGCAGUAAAAAAAGACAAUCGUCUGUAGUUCGGUUCCUCUCGCACGAGCAGUCAAUGCUAUUAGAUAACGACAAGUCUGGACUAAACCGCGUUAUAGUUGCUGUAUGAUAACUGGGGUGACGUGGAGGUUCCUGUAGGCUCGCAGGAGCGCGCGCGCCUCUCCGCACCAUGGAUCAUAUGGGAGCGCAUCUCCACCAGACGCACGCGGACACCAUCAGUUUUGGGAUCGAUCAGAUUCUUAACAAUGCAGACCAGGGGAGCUGCAUGAUCUCCAACCCCAGAAUGCAGGACCUGGACUACGGUUUGGGCUGCAUAGUGAGCACAGCCUACAAUACCAUGACCGGCAACUACAAUGUAAAUAACUCGGCGGGAUACAACGGGAACUCGUGCAGCGUCGGCUCCCUCAACGGCUCGUACAACAUGAACCUGGGCACGAACGUUAACGGGAAUUGCCUUAAUUCAUCCGGGGUGAUCCGGGUUCCGGCGCACCGGCCGCUGAGCAGCGUUCACUCGUCCAUUCCCAGCAGCGCUGCCACGGUGCCAAGCAUGGGAAGCAUGGGCACCAUUAACAAUCUCACGGGAUUAACCUUUCCAUGGAUGGAGAGUAACAGGAGAUACACCAAAGACAGAUUUACAGUGGCCCUCUCACCGUUCACUGUAACACGCCGUAUAGGUCACCCGUACCAGAACCGAACGCCUCCGAAGAAGAAGAAGCCCCGGACGUCGUUCACGCGCCUCCAGAUCUGCGAGCUGGAGAAACGCUUCCACCGUCAGAAGUAUCUGGCGUCAGCUGAGAGGGCAGCCUUAGCGAAAGCACUUAAAAUGACUGAUGCGCAGGUCAAAACAUGGUUCCAAAACAGAAGAACGAAAUGGAGGCGGCAGACAGCGGAGGAGAGAGAAGCCGAGCGACAGCAAGCGAACCGAAUCCUUAUGCAACUUCAGCAAGAAGCUUUUCAAAAGACUAUAAACCAGCCUGUUACUCCGGACCCGAUCUGCCUGCACAACAGCUCUCUGUUCGCACUUCAGAACCUUCAGCCCUGGACUGAGAACACGGCAAAGAUCAGCAGCGUCCCCAACACUGACUGAGAGACUUUCGUGGACGUGAGAUCCAGGCUACAGAGGAAUAUCUCAGCAUCACCUCACUUUCUUGCUUUUAACUUAGUCUUCAUUUGUAGGCCUACCUGAUAGCCUUGUGUACAAAAAAAGCUUACGUUACAGAAUAGGCCUAUUAUUUUUUGAUUGAUUUCGUCAUCGAUUUCAGCAAAACGUAAACACAAAAGACUGUCGCAUUUCGUAUGCAUCUCAAACAGAACUUUAUUUUGUACGCAUACGAUGGUAACACUUUGUAAUAACUUUUAUUAACAGGUCAACAAACAAAACGAACGAAUAUUCGUUUAGAAUUACGGGCUGUUUCCCCGGCGAACCGUUAAUUUAAGCAGAUGCUAUAUCAGGCGGUAUCCGAAACAGCCUAAAUCGUAGGGAUGAGUUGAAUAUCCCAAAGCAAAACGGCACCUCUCUGUUACAGCGAGCCUCGCUGCAAUUAAUAUCCUUGUCAUUGUCAGGGUUUAACACACGCAGGGUGAAAAGAUACCACCCCGCUGUCUCCAAACACACCCUGAGAGGCUCGUGCCUCUUUAACCCGCAAACAAGUGAAAACGUAAACCCACGCUUCGAGGACCUCCAGGCGAAAACGAGGGCUAUUAAACGCCGAUAAAACUGCUCACGUGGAUACCUGCAAAAAUUAAUUUUAAAUAAAAAUAUUUUAAAUAACUUAAAUAUGCGAUUCUGAGAUUAAAAAAGGGAAAAAAAUAAGAAGCUAUAAGUGAUUUUAAAAAGCGCCGGACAGAGCUCAAAGCGUUUUCUUGUGUUGUGUGCACUUUUGCUAAACGCCUGUAGAAAAAGAAUAAACUUCGUGAGGCAGCCAAGACGAAUAAAACAGGCUAGGCUACCUAGGCUAUGUGGGCGUAUCAUGCUAUUGCUAAUCAGAGAUUUAUUCUAACUAAUUACUGUUUUAACUGACUAUUUAAGCGUUAUAUGUUGCUAUGAUCAUUAUUGCUACGAACAAAAGUUAUUUUUAUUAAGUGUUACCAUUUUCAAUCGUUUUUUCACCCGUUUUUACAGGUUUGCUAGGAGGGAUUGUAUUUUGCACGUUUGUUAAGGAACACAAAAAUAGUCCUGUGAAUUAAAAUAUAUUCUACAGGAAAAAAAAGGGCCUUCGUGAACGAUUUUAAUUCUUCAUUCCUGCGAUGGUAAUUUUUUUUUUCAGAGGCGAGAUACAGCACUUGUUUUACAGAAAUAUGUUGUUGCGACGCUCCGAAAAGAUUGUUCGUGAACAUACAUGUAGGCCUACUUGUUAUUGCAUUAUUUGUAAAUGUUAGCUUUUCUGUAUAGUCCACACGUUUUGCUUUGCCUGAAUUCUCAUCUUACACAACCGACAGUUUAUCAAAAGUCAGAUCAACCGACAGCCUGUGUUUAUUAUUCGUUUACUUGAAAUAUAUGUGAUUACAAGAUUUUUUUAUUUGUCCUUCGCUUUCUUCAGUGAUGUCGGCGUGACCUGUGUCAAAUAUAUUUUAUUAUAGCUUGGUAUUCCGAUUAAAUAUCCGUGGUCACGUUUCAGAGCGGGUCAUUAACUGUUCUUUUUGUUGAAUAUAGCAACACCUCGCAGGUUUUGUCAUAUCCCAGAUAGCCUAUCUGUGAUGAAUCUCUGCUCAAGUGAAUGACAGUUUGGGUUGCAUGAUAAAUGGAUGGUGUUUUUUUUUCUUUCCUUUUCUAUUGGAGAGUGCAAACGUGUGUUUAUGGUAACUAUGUGCAGAUGUGACGGUGUUCCUGAAAAGAACCAGAAGCUUAGGCCAUCCAAAACUGCAUCGGAAGGUGGUUUAAAUUUCAUCAUCUCUUCCGAAAUCGAAUAAUGUGUUACAUAAGUGUCGUUUAAAACUUUCCAGAAUGUUAAGAAAGUCGUUUAGGUCAGAAAUAGAGCCAUCUCCAUAAGCUCCGAAUAGUGACACAAGUCUAUGCUAUACUUCCAUAUAGGCUAACAUAGAAACAUACAGAGUGUUUUGAAAAUAUUAGCUAGUGUGAAUUUUUUUUUUUUUUAGUUUUUUUUGAGUCAUUUCGCAUUUCCCAAUUGUUGUUUUAUUAUUAGGUUAUUAUUAUUAUUAUUAUUAUUAUUAUUAUUUAUUAUUAUUUACAUUCAGCGUAGCCUAUAUUUACAUAUUUGAUACAUUUUAUAAUUUCGGACGCAUACUAAUAAUAUGCAAAGAAAACAGACAAGAAAACAUUCGAAUAAUGAUCCUUUUUCUCUUUCCUUUUUUUUUUUCCAGCGCAUGUAAUAAACUGUCUUUCAAAACAGUAGGCCUAUCGCAGAUUCAAAGUAUUGCAUGACGAAGACUUUCUGUUUUCUUUUUGUAUUUCAAUGCAAUUAAAAAAUCACGUCACAUUCCAUCAAAUAAAUCUACUUUAAUUAAUAAUUCA